AUGUUUAUAUAUUCAUUAGUAUUUGGAAUUGUAAAUUGGUUUUUAUCAUUAAUAAGUCUAAUGAUAUUUGUUUUUAUAUUUUUAAUUUUUAUUGAAAUAAUUCAUGAACAAAGAUCAAAAGAUGCAUCAAUAUUAUUGAUAUUAAAUACAUGUUUUUCAGCAUUUUUAACAUCAUUAAUAAUAAUAAUAAUGAUUAGUUCAAAUUUAUUUCAUAAGUUUCGGUUAAUCCAUAUAAAUAUUUGUUCUAUAUGUGGUUUACUUUAUGAUAUAUUUGAAUGUUCAAUUUAUUAUAGUUAUUGUUUACAUGCAUUUUAUCGUUUAAUUCGAGUUAUUUAUUAUAAUAAAAGAAAUCUUUUAUCAUAUAAUUUAUAUAAAUUAUUAAUAUUAAUUCAAUGGUUAUUAAUAAUAUUAUUAAUUUUACCAACAUAUUUUUUAAAAUGGUAUAUCCAUUUACCAACUGAAAAACAUUGUCUUAUUCCAUAUACAAAUAUAAUUGGUUCAUUUUAUUUAAUUCUAUUUUUAUAUUUAAUUCCAUUAUUUACAAUAAUAAUGAUAUAUAUAUUAAUAACAAAUCAUAUUCGUUCACCAACAAUAAUUCGAAUCCAAGAACGUCAAAGAAAUUUAAGAGAUUUAACAGCUAUUAAACGUAUUAUAGUAUGUGUAUUAAUGUUAAUAAUAUUACGUUUUCCAACAAUAAUAUUUGUAAUAUUUGAUUUCAUUAAUGGUGAUUUAAAUUAUUUAACAUGUCCUAUUAUUGGUUUUGUAACAGCAAUAUGUUUAAUUUUAAUUGGUAUAUUAACUAUUUUAGCUACAAAUAAAAUUAAAAAAAAUCUUCUCAAACAUCUUAAUCAUCCUAGUACACAAAUACAUCCAACUCAUAAUUAA